CGGCGGCGGCGGCAGCGGCAGCGGCGGCAGCCGAGGAGGAGGCUCCGGACGCUGCUCAGAACCGGGGACCCCGGAGCGCCCGCUCCCUGAGCGCUCAGCUCCGGAGGCGUCAUGGCUGAGUACGGGACGCUCCUCCAGGACCUGACCAACAACAUCACCCUUGAAGAUCUGGAACAGCUCAAAUCAGCCUGCAAGGAGGACAUCCCCAGUGAGAAGAGUGAGGAGAUCACUACUGGCAGUGCCUGGUUUAGCUUCCUGGAGAGUCACAACAAGCUGGACAAAGACAACCUCUCCUACAUUGAGCACAUCUUUGAGAUCUCUCGCCGUCCUGACUUACUCACUAUGGUGGUUGACUACAGAACCCGUGUGUUGAAGAUCUCUGAGGAAGAUGAGCUGGACACCAAGCUAACCCGUAUCCCCAGUGCCAAGAAAUACAAAGACAUUAUCCGGCAGCCCUCUGAAGAAGAGAUCAUCAAAUUGGCUCCCCCACCGAAGAAAGCCUGAGCAAGGGGGAGGAAGAAGAGGUUGGACCUUCAUCGGACCAGUCCCUUCCCCCAUCCUCCAUGGGAGGGGGCAAGGACAACCCCCCCAUCUACCCACUUACUAACCUGGUCCUUAACCCCCUUACUGUGCGCGUGUGUGUGCGUGUGCGCACGCUCUGGCUGUCUGUCUUUAUGUCUAGCUCAUCUAGUUCCUCCUCCUUGUGAGGGGAUGGGGGUC